AUUAUGAUCCCGUAAACGUGGGUAAAUGAUUCACAGUAUCUAAGAUAUGGGUUGAUGAGUUGAAGUACUCGUAACAUGAUGGAAGGUCAUCACAAAGUUCCUUUGUUUUGGACAUGUUUCACGUUUACUACAUUCGGUUUCACAUGUAGUUUUGUCUCAAUGGUUAUGCCUUACUGGUAUGCCAGAUAUCCUCAGUCUCAAAAUCGUUUUGUAAGACUGGGGCUCUGGGAGGUGUGUUUUGAAGGCUAUAUGGCGAAGAAAACUGGAAAUUAUAUGUAUUUUGGAUGUUUCUAUUUAUUUGAUACGAAAAUUUUGACUCUGUGGCCGAUCAUAUUCAGAGAUUGGUUUAUUGCCUGUCAAGCUUUUUUUACAUGCAGUUUUGCAACCCAUAUAUUGGCAGAAUGUGUUAUUUUGACUCAAGUUCUCGGCUUGGUCUCCAUUUUUGGGUCACGUGCAGUCUUGUGUAUAAUGGUGACUCUAUCAGUUAACUGUUUUUCAACUUUAGUUAGUUUGAUCAUAAUGGGUGUAGGAGUAGACACUGAACAGAAAAUUGAAAGGGCUGCAAAACAUCCUUGGUUAGAAGAUCUUGAUCAGAACUCAUUGUCUUGGUCAUAUGGUAUUGCUGCAAUAUCCCUAUUACCAAGCUGCCUUACAGUUAUAAUUUUAGGAUGGUUUGUUUACCCUAAAAAAUCUCCAUGUGGGCUAUUAAUUAAUUCAGCAUGGAAUUGGCCAACAUUGAAUGAUUUGCAAUGUCGUUAUCAUAUGCAUGAUAUGCAUGUUCCAAAAAUCUGUUCAUCUUCAAAUCCUCAAUCAUCAUGUCAUAAUAUCACUACUAUGUCUACCGAUUAUCCGCAUUCAUUGCGCUCUCGUACAUUAAUCCAAUCCAGUCAGAUUACUGGUGACCAGUUGUCCAAUGAAUUGAAUAAUAAAAUACUUUGUAAACCAACAUUAUUUCACAAGUCGGGUGCUCAGAUAGAAACAUUAUCAAUGAUAACGGCACAAGACCGAAAUUCUAUAUUGUCUGAUAAUUGUGGCAAAUUGAGUAGUUAUGAUCCACGUUCAGCGGAUACAGUAUCACUUUCAUCCUACGAACAACCUCCAUUGAAUCUGUUAUAUAAUCCACAAACUAUAAACAUGAACCACCAGUUCAAUUCAAUAAUGUAUUCAAAAGAGAAUAAUUUUGUAGAAAAUGACUAUUGUUCUUCUAUUGAUUGCAAAACAAAAUUAAUUCAAUCUAAUUUAUUGUCUACAUUUCAUAAAUUCUCUGCGCCUUUUUUGAAAGAAUCUACAAGUGAACGAAAACAACCACAAUGUAUUACAAAUUCUGAUUCUCAUUCACAUUUAAAAUCGAUUCAUUCAAAUAAAUCAUCUAACCUCCAACAACCUUCAUCUAGUAAUCCAGAUACUUCAAUAUGGACAGAAAAUUCCAUUAUUCAAACUGCUCGUCCAAUGAAAAGAACUAAACAAAAAAUGAAAACAGAUCAGCUAAUGAAGAAGCUUAUCCCAUCUGAAAAUUUAUUUAAAUUUUCAUCAUCAUUUCCCAACACUAAAAUUGAAAGUCAACCAAAUAGAUUUGUUCAAAAAGCUAAACCAAUGAAUCGAAAGUAAUAAUGAAAAAGGUAAACAAAGAAAGAAAACAACAACAACAACCUAUCAUCACAGUAUUGCAUUUCUUAUGAGUAUUUUUUCUUCUCUAAAACUGUGCUCGAACCACAAGAAAUUCCAUUGUUGAAUAUGUCUCUCGAUAUACCUAGUCAAGGUCUUAUUUGCUUUCUCUUUUUUAUCCACACCAAAUAGUAUAAUAGUAACAAAAGGAAAAAACGAACAAGCCUGUUUUGUAAAGUGCAUUCUAUUCAAAAUCACUUUUUUCUAAUACAAUCUUCCCCUUCAAAUUAUAUUCUCCCCCUUCCUUUUUUUCUCGCUCUAACAAAUGUUUGAAGCAUCUUAUUGUAAAUUGUGCUUUGUUACUUACGUGAUUUUUUUUCUGUCUCAAGAAAAUUAAUUCCAAGGUGUUCAUUUAACUUCUUUUUUAGUUUUUUUUUGUGUAAACUAUUUUUUCAUUACCCCCCCCCCUGUGCUAUUUUUUAUUUGUUUUGGGAUUUUUUUACAUGAUCGCUGAUAUUAAACAUGUUUAGAAUUAUCUAUAAAUAAAAUGAAAUAAUUCAUACCGACAAUUCAGGACUUAAAUAUACAACAAAUC